AUGGAAUUGGACCUAAAGUGACUUCAACAUCCACAUUGACAACCCCAGCUGUAGUCUAGCCUGUGAAUUCCUGGACAUCCUACAAUGCUUCAGCUUCUGCCAACACUGCCACUUCCCCACCCAUAACCAUGACCACAUCCUGGACCUUAUCAGUUCAACCGGCCUAACCGGACUCACAAUUUACCUCCAGCUCUAUACAGACCACCUCCAUCAGUACAAAGCCACCCUCAGCUCCGCCAGCUCAGCAUACUACUCCAACAUCAUUCGCUCUGGCUCCAGCAACCCCAGGACUCUGUUCUCCACCAUCAACUCACUUCUGGCGCCACAUGACAACAGUACCGCAACCUUCACACCCGACAAAUGCCAGACCUUCCUCCAGUUCUUCCAGUCCAAAAUAGACAACAUCUGCAGCCUCCAGUCCGCAACUUCCACCCCCACUCCCCACCCCAAGUCCCCCUCGUGCUCCCCCCACACCUCUGCUCAGCCCCUAUCCCAGUUUUCCCCCAUCUCUCAUGCUCAACUCUCCCAGUUAAUAACCACCAUGAAGACUUCCACCUGCACCCUGGACCCCAUGCCCUCCGCACUCGUUAAGACCUGCCUUCCAGUCCUCUCUCCACUAAUCCUCUCCAUAGUCUAA